AUGGAAACACCAAUAAAAGCAAUUGUCUUUGAUCUGGGAGGAGUACUGGUGCCAGCACCAUACACGUUUUGGAGCGGUAAUCUUUUAGAUAGAUUCAAAAAAACAAGAUUAUUAAAUAUUUAUUGUUCUUUGGCUUUUAAAAUACAAAAAAAAACUGCUAAUUUGGUCGGAAAUUGACAAGAGGUUACUUUAGGGGCUAAUUUAUUUGAAUUUUUCGAACUUUUUAAAUAAGUAAAAAAAAUUAAAAAUGAAUAUGGUUUCUUCUACAAAUAGCAUUUUACAGAAUUAGAAACACGAUACAAGUUGAAAAAAGGAUCCAUUAGAGAUACCUUACUGUCGCCCAAGUUUAUUGGUCGAUUUCACGACCUGGAACGAGGACUUCUGACCCUAGAUGAUUUCAGAAAUCUCUUUGUUUACUUCUACAAUAAACAGGUAAGCUGAAGGUUAAUAUUAUAUUAUUUUUGCAAUAAAUUGUUAGUUUUGUGAUAAUUUUUUAUGUUAUUAUAUUGUUAUUAUUAAUAGUUACCGAACUUGUCACUCAUUGUUUCAGAACAGUACCAACUUGACCACCUUACCGGUAUUCGACUAUCAUUUUCCUGAGAUUCAUUCUGAAUGGGUACCAGUACUAGAAUCCUUGAAGGCUCAAGGUUUCAAGCUGUACUUGUUGACUAACAACUGGUUCUUCGACCGUGCGAGGCUCUUACAAUCAUUGCCUAUUAACGUAUCUUACUUCCACGGCCUUUUCGAAUCUUGUAGAUUGAAGUUGAGAAAGCCUGAGAGGGAAUUGUACCAUCUUGUUACAAGGAAGAUCAAUGUAGCUGCAAAUCAAGUGUUGUUCAUCGAUGACUUAGGAGAGAAUCUGAAGGCGGCCAAGAGUUACGGGUGGAACACAGUCAAAGUAAGCUUCAAAAGGGUAUUUCAAAAAGUAUAAGUUUUAUAAAAAUAUUGUUCAUAAUACAUAGUAAUGUAUGAAAUUGCAUGCUUAUUGGCUUGCGUCCCUAAAAAAGCUUUACAAGCUCUGUACUACUUUAUGUGUUUGGGUACAAUAAUGGUAAAACGUUAUAAAUUUUAGUGCGUUGGUAGAAGCUCAUGUAUAACGGAUAUUGAACGGUUCUUAUCACUGAAUUUACACUCAUUUAUUCCCGGAACUAGAGAUUGUUUACAACGUAUGUAAUGACUUUUACAAACAUAUUUUAUUAGGAAAUAUAAUUUCGAAAAUAAUUGAUUACAGUAUUUCUUGUAACUCAAUUAAUGUUAUUUUUGUACAAACUUUUGUUUCUAAAAUAGUGUUUUAGACGAAGUUCUGGACAAAAAAGCACUAACUCAAUACCUACAACGAUUGUUCAAUGAUCAGUCAGCAACAUUGGAGGUGAAAAAGUUUGGCUACGGACAAUCCAACCCAACAUAUUACCUAAAAUACGGACACAGGGAACUUGUGUUAAGGAAGAAACCGGUAUGUUCAUUUUUUAGAAGGAACCACUGUAUAUGUAAUCCACUAAUGUAUAAGGAAGUCUUGCACUGUAGGCAACGUAUUAUAGAGUGGAAAGUUACUGCCAGGGGCUCACUUGAUUGAUCGUGAAUACAAAGUCCAGAAGACGGUACAACAACAUGUACCUGUUGCUAAGGUGCUCGACUAUGCUGAAGGGUAAGACCACCAUAUUCAAAAGUAAAAAAAAAUAUUUAAAAAAAUACUAUUAGCUUAUAAGCUUUUUGUAAAGAUAUACAUACAUUACUAUAUACCAAUUCAUUUUAGAGUACUCGACACUCCUUUCUAUAUAAUGGAAUACGUCAAAGGUCGUAUCAUCACCGACUAUGAACUGAAGUCAAUACCAAGAGACCAACGACGACAGUAUUACAUUGAAUUACUGACAGUUUUAGCUAAAAUACAUUCGAUUAACUACAUUCAGGCCGGCCUAAAAGACUACGGUAAGCUAGGAAACUAUAUGGAACGGAAUCUGAAGACAUGGUACAGGAACUACAAUGCCUCCAAGAUUUUGGAGUUGCCUGUGGCUGAUCAAUUGUAUAAACUUUUGUCGGAACAGAUACCAAAAGAAACCAUGGUAACCUUGGUACAUGGUGACUUUAGAUUGGAUAAUGUCAUAUUUCAUCCGACUGAACCCAAGAUUGUCGCUGUACUGGACUGGGAGAACUCGACUAUCGGUAGGUGAUUCUUUGUGACGUUUAAGUACGUUAAUAUAGGGAAAGACACAUUUUUUAAGGGCAAUUUUCAUAUCAUCUUUUGACCCAACAAUUAUAGUUCUUACUGUAAUAUCUACAUUAAUAUAGGUGACCCUAUGACCGACUUAAGUACCGUACUGAUCAACUACUAUCACGAUGAGAGAAAGAACUUUGCUACGCUGAAACCUUUGAAUACGCUUCACAAGAGAGGUCUUCCACAAGAUUCUGAAUUGUUCCAAGUGUACUCUUCCAAUCUUACUGUAACUACAAAGCCUUCUUGGAUGAAACAUAAUGUAAAAGCAAAGGAAUGGCAGUAUUACAUAUCAUUCUUGCUGUUCCGCCUUGCUGCCAUUUGUCAAGGUGUAUAUAAGAGAUCACUGACAGGACAAGCUUCUUCUCCUCAAGCUGUUCAUUAUGGACCCAUGGUUAAGAGGUUGUUUGAACAGAGCUACAUGCUGCUACAAUAUCAACAUUACGGUAGGUUUAUAUUGAUGUAAAUUAUAAUUUAUGUUAUAUCUACUUUCAUAAUUAAUUACUUUUUAGGUUCCUUGCAAGUAGUACCAUCAGCCAUGUCAGCAAAUGCCCAAAGAUACUACGAUGAGGUCUACAAGUUUGUACACGAGGUAAGCAAUUCACACUAAUUACUUUAACCAUCUACUCUUCAGAAGAUCAUUCCACGAGAACAAGAAUUCCUGGAGAUAACAGAAGGUGAGAACAAGUGGAAGCUGAACCCCCUGACAGAAUCCUUGAAGAAAGAAGCUCAACGUCAAGGUCUCUGGAAUCUGUUCAUCCCUCAACACCUGGAUCCAGAAGAAAAGUUCGGUAAAGGAUUGACUAAUGUUGAGUACGCAUUCAUCUGCGAACUGAUGGGAAAGUGCAUCUUCGCUCCGGAAAUCUUCAACUGUGGAGCUCCAGAUACUGGAAACAUGGAGGUGCUGAUCAAGUACGGAAGCCAAGAACAAAAACAGAAAUGGCUGAAGCCUCUACUGGAAGGCACCAUCCGAUCAUGUUACGCUAUGACGGAGCCAGAUGUAGCCUCUUCUGAUGCCACCAACGUGCAAGGGAGUGUAACCCGUGAUGGUAACGGCAACUUUGUCAUUAAUUCCAGAAAGUGGUUCACUUCGAAUGCUGCCCACCCCAACUGUAAGAUCUGCAUCUUCAUGGGACGGAUUCCAGGCUGGCAACAGAAGCCGCGACAUCAGCAACAAAGCAUGAUUCUGGUGCCGAUGGAUGCACCAGGUGUCAAGAUAGUGCGGCCAUUGAAUACUUUGGGUACCUUUGAUGCUCCCGGCGGUCAUUGUGAAGUGUUAUUCGAGAAUGUUGUAGUACCAGAGAGUAAUCUGAUAUUGGGAGAAGGAAAGGGAUUUGAGAUUGCGCAAGGUAGACUUGGACCGGGUCGGAUUCACCAUUGUAUGAGGCUGAUCGGACAUUGCACUAGGUCUUUGGAGUUGCUGAAAGAAAGGGUAAGUCUUAAUUCAGCGUUUGUAAACAGUGUGCCAAUAACAUAACUAAUAUACCAAUUAUAUUAUUGUAGAUAACCUCAAACAGACUGGUCCAAGGCCAAAAUUUAGCCGCUUUCCAAACCGUCAGAGUAAACCUGGCUGAAUCCUUGAUUCAGCUUGAACAAGCUCGUCUACUCGUACUCAAAGCCGCUCAUAUGAUUGAUACGGUUGGGCCAAAACUCGCGGCCAAAGAGAUUGCCAUGAUCAAAGUUACAGUACCCCGGAUGGCGUUUACUCUGAUUGAUAGCGUAAUUCAGACCUUUGGAGGUGCUGGAGUUACUCAUGACUAUCCAUUGGCCGUGUUUCUGAUUUGGGCCAGAAGUCUGCGUUUGGCCGACGGCCCUGAUAUUGUUCACUUGGAAACGAUAGCCAAGAAUGAGUUGUCAAAGUUGUAA